UUUGCAAGGAUCAGUUCCUCCUGGUAAGGCUGAACCUUCAGCAGCAAAUUUUUGUACUGAGAAGAGGACUCUCCAAAGCAGGCAGGCCUACAGCAAGACAUCCAGGAUGGAACCAAUGGUAAUCGAUGGGGACCGACUUAUGGAUCUCCUAAAUAACUUUUCUUAUAACACAGAUUAUACCAUUGGCCCUGAAAGUGUACUUGCAGAACCUUGCAGGCCACAGAAUGCAACAGUUACCGUAAAGUAUAUUGUAGCAAUCAUCUAUAGCCUGGUUUGCAUUUUGAGCCUGCUGGGCAACUCCUUGGUGAUUCUGGUGGUGAGCUACAACAAAGGAAACCAUUCUGUUACUGAUGUUUAUCUCCUGAACUUGGCUAUUGCUGAUCUUCUCUUUGCACUUACCUUGCCAAUCUGGGCUGUGUAUCGCGCUCAUGAGUGGAUCUUUGGCACUUUCAUGUGCAAAAUCACCUCAGUCAUGAAGGAAGUCAACUUCUACAGUGGUAUCCUCCUGUUGGCCUUUAUCAGUUUUGAUCGUUAUUUGGCAAUAGUCUAUGCUACUCGGGCAGCCACUGAGAAGAGGCACUGGGUCAAAUUUGUCUGCAUUGGCAUCUGGCUGUUCUCCUUCCUCUUUUCCCUUCCUGUGAUCCGCUUCCGGGAGGUUUUCCUGCCCCCAAAUUCCUCUCACAUGGUUUGUUAUGAGAACAUUGGAGGGAAUCAAACAGCUGAAUGGAGGGUAGUACUGAGAAUCUUACCACAGGUGUUUGGUUUUCUCCUCCCCUUGAUAAUCAUGAUCAUUUGCUAUGGUUUAACGGUGCACAGACUUUACCAGACAAAGAACAAGCAAAAGAAGAAGGCAAUGAAAGUAAUCUUGGCUGUAGUGCUGACCUUUCUGAUCUGUUGGCUACCCUACAACAUCACCCUGCUUUUUGAUACUUUCUUGAGGAUAGGCGUCAUAACCGACAGCUGCUCAGUUCGUAACAACAUUGACGCUGCUCUUUUGGGUACCGAGAUUUUGGGAUUUGCUCAUAGCUGUAUCAACCCCAUCAUAUAUGCUUUCAUAGGACAGAAAUUCCGGAACAACUUCCUCAAGAUCUUGGUCUCACGUGGUAUUGUCAGCAAAGAAAUCCUGAAUCAAUAUAGGAAGGGAUCCACGUUUUCAACUUCCUCUGCUAACACUUCAACCACUCUUUAAUAAACUUGCCUGAAAGAAGAAAAGAUGACAACGAAAAAGAUACUAUGGCUCAGCAACCUGGCAUCUUCCUUUGUGAUACAUUAAAAACUGUAAAGAUCACUCUUAGCUUUAAUUUGGCAAUGCAAUUAAUGUCAUUUUAAAAAGCUCUGUCUAUUUCUCAGAAAAGACAUUUCUCCAAGUUAUGUGACUGGUCUUCUGAUUUCCUUCCU